AUCACAAAAAAAGAUAAUAACCAAGUUUCAAAGCUUUGGCAAACGCUCUGUCUGGUUAUAGAUUUUAUUAAUUGGCAUGCGCAUAGAGAAUGUCAAGCUUUGACAACACAGCUCUCUUAUAAAUAAAAUGUAUCCGAUGUGUUAUUUUCUCGGCAUAAGUAGCUCGAUAUUAACUUAUACACGAACGGCGUAUUGUUUUGAAUUACAACAAUUUGUCCAUAUAUUUUUGAAUUUGUAGUUCAUUGAAAAGGAAAACGAACUACCUUUUUACUACAAUAUGGCGAACAUAUUACUAAUCGCUUGCCUGGCUAUAUUGGGUCUAAUUAUUGCAAUCGCACUUUUCCUAGCUGGCGGAUAUUUGUGGUGGCGCCACAAAAGGUCGCAAUUACAAUUUAUAGAGCCCAAUGAAGAUGAGGAGUCGAGUAGUUAUAGCCUUAGGGCUGCACAGGACAUUGUAGACUCUGGCAAUCCUCCAAAUAAGCCGCAAGUGCCGCCGGUGACUCAAGCUCUUACAACUCCUUUGCAAAAUAACAUAAACAGGAAAUUAAAUGGAUUCUUGAAUUUAAGAACUCCAUUAAUUGGUGGAUCUGCGACCUCACAGACAAAAUCACAAAAUAGUUCAAUGAGUGGAAACGCGGGAGAGGGAACAAAAGAUGGAACUAACAAAAGUAUCUCAAUGACCGACAUGUACUUGGAUAGCAACGAUCCGAGCGAAAACGUUGGACAAAUACAUUUCUCAUUGGAAUAUGAUUUUCAAAAUACAACAUUAAUAUUGAAAGUUCUGCAAGGUAAGGAACUGCCAGCUAAAGAUUUGAGCGGCACAUCGGAUCCGUAUGUGCGCGUUACUUUGUUACCCGAUAAAAAACAUCGAUUAGAAACAAAAAUCAAACGCAGGACGUUAAACCCUAGAUGGAAUGAAACCUUUUACUUUGAGGGAUUUCCAAUACAAAAGUUACAAUCUAGGGUUUUACAUUUACAUGUUUUCGAUUACGAUCGCUUCUCUAGAGAUGAUUCGAUUGGCGAAGUAUUUCUUCCCCUAUGCCAGGUUGAUUUUGCUGGCAAACAAUCAUUUUGGAAGGCAUUAAAGCCACCGGCAAAGGACAAAUGUGGAGAACUUUUAUCUUCAUUAUGUUACCAUCCUUCCAACUCCAUUUUGACCUUAACGUUGAUCAAAGCGAGAAACUUAAAAGCUAAGGAUAUAAAUGGAAAAUCGGAUCCGUAUGUAAAAGUUUGGCUACAAUUUGGCGAUAAGCGAAUGGAGAAAAGAAAAACGCCAAUAUUUACAUGUACAUUAAAUCCAGUAUUUAAUGAGUCAUUUAGUUUUAACGUUCCGUGGGAAAAAAUAAGAGAAUGUUCAUUAGAUGUUAUGGUAAUGGAUUUCGAUAACAUUGGAAGGAACGAGUUAAUAGGUCGAAUAUUAUUAGCUGGUAAAAACGGCUCUGGGGCUUCAGAAACCAAACAUUGGCAGGAUAUGAUCUCGAAGCCCAGACAAACUGUAGUACAAUGGCAUCGCUUAAAACCUGAAUAACUUCUAAUCUUAAUAUACCUUUAAAUAUAUAUAUUAUAUCUGAGAAAGUUCGUACAACAUGAAUUGAUUUAUACUAUCAAGCAUAGCAUUACUUAUUAACAAAAACCUAAGGUAAUUCCCCAAUUCAGCACAACAGAUAAUUUAAAUGUGUUAAAUGAUUAGAGAAUAUAGAAAUAAAUAAAAUUUACGUAAGUUAAAUUGUUCUCAUAGAAAGUAAUAGUUUUAUACGUGGUUAUUUAAUAUACAAAUGUAGUUAUUUUGUAAGGCAUUAAGGGUUCCAUGGAAUCUUUCAAAAUGUUCUCUAUUUGCUGUAUUUUAUUGAGUUCAUAUUCUGUAUUAUUUACAUCUAAAAAAAAUUAUAAAUCGUCU